AUGAAACUGCACGUGAACACGUUUGGUUCCGCUGUUUUGCGUGAAAACAAAGACACGGCACGCUUAGAAUAUUCUCGGACAUCUGAAGAGAGUACAUCAUCACAUCUUAGAUCUUCAGCCUCGUCCACAGCUACGCCGAUUGCGACCCAAGAGUACAGAUCGACUGAGACUGAACCCAUGAACGAUAUAGAAGAAAAGUUUUCUUGGAACGAGGAAGAGGCUGACUACGUGAAGGAUAUCACAGAAGGCACGUUAUCUGGGAACGAGGAUGAUAACUUGGGAACCUUCACCGAUAUUUAUGAAAGAGAAUACAGUAAUACAUGCACAAAGUACACGAGCAUUAGCGUCAGAAACGCGAGAGUAUACUGUCGUCGCCACCGUGGACCAAUAGUGUGCACUAUACAGGCAGUUCUCGUUCUAUCAUAUGCCGCUUAUUUCAUCUAUGCGUGCUACUACGACUUCAACAAUACGACAGAGCUCGUCGUCUUCACCAUCCUCACUCUCUUGUACUUGUUGUACGCCCUCUUGCGAGACAAAAAGGGGGAGGUGAUUUACGCGAAGUGCAUGGUUCCGAUUGGUGCUGUAAUAGACAGUCAUUGGAACAUUUUGAAGUGGGUUGUGUACGUACUGGUCUUUGGUGGGUUGACAAUAUUCAUACUCAUUGAUACGCGCUACGCUCGGCAACAAUUGAUGUCAGUUGUGGGUUUCUGUACCAUCCUUCUCUUUUGUUUCGUCUUCUCCAAAAAUCCAUCCAAAGUUCGAUGGCGUCCGGUUUUAUGGGGUGUAAUAAUCCAAUUUCUUCUUGGCGUGUUCAUACUACGUACAUAUGUUGGAUACGCAUUGUUUGAGUGGCUGAGUUACGCCAUCGCCUAUUUCUUCACUUUUGUUGACUAUGGUGCGGAGUUCGUCUUUGGGGAAGAUUUCGAAGAGCAUUAUUUUGCGUUUAAAGUGCUGCCAAUCAUCAUCUAUUUCAGUAGUGUCAUUAACAUACUCUACUACCUCGGUGUUAUACAAUUCACAGUAACUAAGAUAGCGUGGAUUAUACAAAAUACCAUGACGACUUCGGCCGCCGAGUCGUUUAAUGCUGCUGGUAAUAUAUUCAUUGGCCAGACGGAAUCAUUGUUAUUGGUGCGGUCGUUCCUCGCCGACAUGACUGUAUCCGAACUACAUGCUGUUAUGACAGGGGGUUUCUCAACGAUGUCCGCCGAUGCUCUUGGUGUGUACCCACCACUGGGGAUAGAAGCAGUGCAUAUUGUCGCGGCCUCUGUAAUGUCAGCGCCAGCAGCUCUUGGAAUAUCCAAACUUUUCUACCCGGAAAUGGAGAAAAUCAAGCACAUGAGUAAUGAUGAAGUCGCUGCAAAGAUGGAUAAAUCAGACGCCAUCAACGUGGUAGAUGCUGCCGCUAGCGGCGCUACAAUGGCCGUUUUGGUUGUCGGAUUCAUAGCCGCAAAUCUCAUUGCAUUCGUAUCAAUACUUGCACUCUGCAAUGGCUUCUUAGGGUGGUUUGGUGGAAUGGUUGGAGUGGAGGAUCUUACAUUUCAGUUAAUCUGUUCAUAUGUCUUUAUGCCGUUGGCGUUUUUGAUUGGCGUGGAAUGGGCGGAUUGUCACCUUGUAGCUGAACUCAUUGGAUUGAAGAUAUUUAUAAAUGAAUAUGUGGCAUACAUAAGACUGGCUGAAUUGAUUGAAAAUGGUGACAAUGGCGUGGAACCCUCAAUAUCGAAAACAUUAUCCGCGAUUGGAAUGGAUACAGUUCAGAGUUCACCGUUACGUCUUCUUGCCGAUAAAUACGCAGGCAAAUAUGGAAUAUUAAAACUUGAUAAAUAUAUCAACUUGUUCUAUUAUGACUUGAAAGUCUCGAUAAAGAACGGGGAGUGUGUCUUCUCACUGGUUCCUAAUCACAGAGCUAAGUGUUUCAAA